AAGAAGAGCAGUCACAGAGACGGAGAGGGAGGCCCCGGUGAGCACCUCCACGCAUGUUAAUCCCGGAGUCAAAACCAAACAAGACAUGCAUUCCGUAGGUAGGUCGUGGCUGCUGCUUACCGGCUUCGUGCUGUUCUAUAUCAUCUACCUGCUAUUCGGAGCGCUCGUUUUCUCCAGCAUCGAGCGGCCGGUGGAGGACAAGAUGCGCGAGGACGUGGAAGCCCUGAAGCACGAGUUCCUGAACCAGAGCUGCGUCAACGCCGCGUCGCUCGAGCGCUUUCUGCUCAAAGUGCUGACGGCCAACAAGUACGGCGUCUCCGUCCUCAAGAACUCCUCCGCCGCCUCGAACUGGGACCUGGCGUCCUCCAUGUUCUUCGCCAACACUCUGGUCACCACCGUCGGUUACGGUCACACCACUCCCCUGUCUGACACCGGAAAGACCUUCUCCAUCCUCUAUGCCCUGAUAGGAGUCCCCUUCACCAUGCUGGUGCUCACCGCCUGCGUCCAGAGGAUCAUGCACCCUCUGGUCCUCAGCCCCGUCGGCCUCCUGCAGCGCUGCGGCGUGCAGCCUCGGCCGGCCACCAUCGUCCACUUCGUGCUGCUGCUGGUCCUGGUGGUGCUGUUCUUCUUCUUGACGCCGGCGGCCAUCUUCAGCUCGCUAGAGCCGUCCUGGUCCUUUUUGGACGGCAUCUACUUCUGCUUCAUCUCGCUGUGCACCAUCGGACUGGGCGACUUCGUUCCGGGGACACAGCCCCGGCAGAAGUACAGGUCGCUGUACCAGGUCUCCGUCAUGGUCUACCUGUUCGUGGGCCUGAUGAUGAUGUUCCUCCUGCUGCGCACCAUCCACAUAAUGGCCGACCUGCACGGCCUGACCACCUUCCUACAGCUGCCACGCUGCGAGGAUUCCGACCUGGACGAAGACCGGAAGCCCAUCGUGGAGGACGGACCCGAGGCUCAGACGCCCCCUUUCCUGACGGAGAAAGAGGCCAGCAAGCCCCUGGAGCCGGGAUCGCAGCCCUCGUACAACACCAUCAACACCGGCUGAGCUGUGUGGGGUGGGGUGGGGGGGGGGGGGGGGGGGGGGUUAGUAGUAGUAGAGGAAGAGUGAUCUACCUACCUCUGACAUCCAGACCGGUGGGCUGAAUCUGAAUUCUUGUCUUUAUUUGUUCAUUUUGUCUUCAGUCUCCCCGUGAAGAAAAAAAAAAAAAAAAAAAUACCACCCAGGUCCUUCUUUUUAUAUUUCACGUCUGCACAUCAUGGGGGGGGAAGCACCUAUACACUAUGGACCAGAUCGGCCGCUCGUAUGUAGAGCCACAGUUGUCCUCAAACACUUGAAUGCACCUUCAGAAGCAUGAAUGAUCACAACUGCAGCGACAUGCACAACUGCAGCUUUGGAUGGCGUCGUCAGAGUGAGGUCGUAUGUGGACCUCCGCUGAGGAUUUUAAACACGGGUGAUGUUAGCUGGAACGUGUCUGGUGGGCUUUCUUGUGCUGGGUCAGCCCUGCAGACUACAGAAACCACAGACCAGCACUGAGUUUGCCUCAGGACACGGGCACACGGGCUGCUCUACUUUUACAGUGCUGCCCCCUAGUGUUACUACAUGUUACUACACCUCCAGAAGAGGGUCAAAGGGUUGGAACAGAGGGAUAGAGGAAGAGACAAAACAUUUGAAUGACUGUUAAGGGUUUCAUUGUGGUGAGUGAGGAAGUGAUUCAUUUCAAUAGAAAAAGCUCAUGUUACUUGUCAAGCACAGCAUGUUAUGUGUGAUUUAGAGAUUGUGAACACUUGAAAUGCACUUUAACGUUCGCAUCAGUUAUUUUAAGUUGCAGUUGAAUGAGUCUCUUAUGUCCUGAUACUGUAAACAGAAGUCGUCCAUGUUGGUGUGUAUGUUUGUAGUUUAGGCCUAUCAGUUUAACAUGUUUCCAUGGUUGGUUAACUGUAAAUUAAAGGAACUUUUCCCAGUA